CCCAGGCCCGGCGCGCCGGCUCCUCCUCCGCAGCAGAAGUCUUGACCAUCUCUCCUCUGAGGAAGGAGGCCCAGGGUCUGCGAUGGCCCAGGAGGACCCGAGACUGAGUAGAAGCGGAGGCGACUCUACUAAGCUGGGAGGGGGCCGGCCAGCGCGUUCGGAGGUGAUCCUGGAAGGUGAGAGCAACGAGAAGAGAUGUGAGAUCGAGACAGCAGCUCAGGGAUCAAGGGUGGAGGGACUCUUGAGCGUUGCCCUCCAGGGCGCGGAGUUGGAAGGAAACUGGAAACAGGCGGGCAGGCUUGAGGACCGGCAGGAAAACAAGGAAAGCUGUCCAGAGCCGGAGGCCAUGGCCUGCAAGAGAGACCCUGCAGGGGACGGCGUCCAGGAACGCAAUGAAUUACCCCGAAUCCCAAGAACUAUAUUGAGUCCAACUGCUACCCAAGCCAGCGUCCCCGGCGACAGCAGGCCAGGCAGGUGCACGCAGGUGAAGAGACCAAAGUGGAAGCCUUCUGACAGCCGCCCGCCUGAGAAAGGCGGCGGCCUGGGGAAGCCGUGGAAAUGCGAGGACUGCGGGAAAGCCUUCAGCUACUGUUCCGCGUUCAUCUUACACCAGAGAACCCACACCGGGGAGAAGCCGUUUGCGUGUCCCGAGUGCGGCAAGGCCUUCAGCCAGAGCGUGCACCUGACCCUGCACCAGCGCACGCACACGGGCGAGAAACCCUACGCGUGCCCCGAGUGCGGCAAGGCCUUUAGCCAGAGCUCCUACCUGGCGUCCCACUGGCGCACGCACACGGGCGAGAAGCCGCACCGCUGCGCCGACUGCGGCAAGGCCUUUGCACGCCCCACGCACCUGACCCAACACCUGCGCGUGCAUACGGGCGAGCGGCCCUAUGAGUGCGCCCGGUGCGCCAAGGCGUUCCGCAACCGCUCGUCCCUGAUCGAGCACCAGCGCAUCCACACCGGCGAGAAGCCCUACGAAUGCGCCGAGUGCGCCAAGGCCUUUCGCUUUUCCUCGGCGCUCAUCCGCCACCAGCGCAUCCACACCGCUGAGAGGCCCUACCGCUGCGGCCAGUGCGCCAAGGCCUUCUCGCAGAUCGCUCACCUGACGCAGCACCGGCGCGUGCACACCGGCGAGAAGCCCUACGCGUGCCCGGACUGCUGCGCGCCCUUCAGCCAGAGCUCUUCGCUGGCCGAGCACCGGCGAAUCCACACCGGCGAGAAGCCCUACGCGUGCGGCCGGUGCGCCAAGGCCUUCACCCAGGUGUCGCACCUGGCGCAGCACCAGCGCACGCACACCGGAGAGCGGCCCUACAGCUGCCGGGACUGCGGCAAGCGCUUCGGCAACCGCUCCCACCUCCUCCAGCACCACCUCGUGCACAGCGGGGAGCGGCCCUGCAAGUGCAUGCAGUGCGGGGCCGCCUUCAGCCACGUGUCCUCCCUCAUCCAGCACCAGAAGAUCCACACCGGGGAGCGGCCCUACAGGUGCAGCGAGUGCGGCAAGGCCUUCAGGCAGGCCUCGUCGCUCACCCUGCACCUGCGCACACACACGGGCGAGCGGCCCUACGCCUGCCACCAGUGCGGCAAGGCCUUCAGAAAUCGCGCCUACCUCAUCCAGCACCACAUCGUGCACACCGGGGAGAAGCCCUACGAGUGCGGCGGCUGCGGGAAGGCCUUCAGCUUCUCCUCGGCGCUCAUUCGACACCAGAGGACGCAUGCGGACAAGAAGCCCUACUCGUGCGGCCCUUGCGGACGCCUUUGCCCAGCUCCCACACGUGACUCAACACCUGCGCGCUCACAGGGAGGGGAAGCCUGUGAACAGGGGUGCCCUGGCAGAGACCCGCAUGGACCAGAAGAUUAAGAGAUGAGGUUAACUGGGGCUGCGUACGCCAGGCGCUCCACUAAGUGCUCGCCCCGUUUCCAACCUCACAAUGCCAUUGGUGAGAUACUCUGCUAUCCCCAACGCCUCCAGUGAGGAAACCGAGGCUCCAAGAAGCUUGUUAACUUGCCUGAGGGCACACAAUGGGGAAAACAUAUGGCUGGGACUGUAUCCCACAUCUGCCAGACUCCCCGCGUCUCCCUGGUGCAAAAUUUUAAAUGGGGCACAGACAAGUAGAUCUGCAGAAACACCUGUGGCUGGCUUUUUCUUUCUUUUCUUUUCUCUUUCUUU